AGCCAUUUAUUUUGGCUUAAGCUUCCACGACUGGACGCAGGUCUUGAAGCAGGCGCGAGCGCCCCUCUUGCCUCUGUAAACCAGCCCCCCGCGCCGACACGAUGGGCUGCUGCAUGGCCUCCCGCCAGGCCGUCGCGCCCAAGGACCAGCAGGCCGGCGGGCCGCCCCCGCACAUGCCAGACGUCGCGGAGGUGCCCGUGCCCGAGGACCCGCAGGAGAGCGACGCCUUGCCCGAAUCUCUGGCGGCGCCCGUCGACCAGCAGCACCAGCAGGAGGUCCCCAAGAAGGAGGAGCAGGAGACGUUCGACCUGUGGCGGUAUACGAACGCCGCGAGCCUCUUCCACGCGCUCGCGUUCACCGUAGAGGGCCUCCACCCCGUGCGCUUGGUCCGCAUGUCGUGGCUGCUGCAGCAGCGCGGCACGGUCCUGAAUAGGCGCCAGGAGCUGCCGGAGGAGGCGUUCGUGUCCGCGGACGAGUUGCGGGCCGUCUGGAAGGCCGGCGGGCGAGGAGGCUUGGACGGGGUGGCGCCGAUCAUCACCAUCUCAUUCUGCUGGGACGCACGCGAGCAUCCCGACCCCAAUGGAGUGCAGCUGAGUUUGGUGAUUGACACCCUGGAGGCAGAGCGCCGCAAGUACUCCACAGCCAAAGGUGACUUCAAGGGGUUCAGCGAGAUGGGAAUAUUCUGGGACUGGCCCUCGCUGCUGCAGGGCGACCCGAUCAAGGCCGAGGAGGCGAGGGCCGCCGCCCUGCGGCAGGGCAAGACCAAGAAGGACGCGCAGGAGGCCGCGGACAAGGCCAAGCGGACUCCCGCCGAGAAAGCCGCCUUCAAGCACGGGCUGGAGGAGACAAUGGACCUCUGGUACGCCCACCGGGCCACCACCGUGCUCCUGCUCACCCAGCACCCCCGCGAGCGGGGCAGCGCGCGCGAGUGGGGCUACGACCAGUCCGGCUGGACGACGUACGAGCGCUGCUCCGCGGAGCAGAUCAAGCAGGUCUACCGCUCGGAGGCAGAGUGGGCCGCCGUGGCCGACCUGGGGCAGGGGACGUACGCGGCGGCGGCCGGGAGGAGGUGGCCGGUGGGCCCGGACGAGUUCGACCGGCUCAUCGAAGACAGGUCCUUCACCAACGGCGCGGACCGGGAGGCGGUGAAGGCGCUCUUCCGCCGGAUGAGCCGCGCGCAGUUGGGCGGCGUGACGACGCUGGACUUCGAAGGGAUGCGACGCCCGACCCCCGAGCAGGCCGCGGGGCUCGCAAGCUGCUUGCGGCUGUGCGCCCGCCUGCAGGUGCUGCGCCUGUCAGCAUGCCAGAUCGGCGCCGAGGGCGCGCGGGCCCUGGCAGGGGCGCUGCCCUCCCUGCCUGGCCUGCAGGUGCUGUACCUGGGCGGCAACAGCAUCGGCGCCGAGGGCGCGCGGGCCCUGGCGGGGGCGCUGCCCUCCCUGCCCGGCCUGCAGGUGCUGUACCUGGACGACAACAGCAUCGGCGCCGAGGGCGCGCGGGCCCUGGCGGGGGCGCUGCCCUCCCUGCCCGGCCUGCAGGGGCUGGACCUAGCCGGCAACAGCAUCGGCGCCGAGGGCGCGCGGGCCUUGGCGGUGGCGCUGCCCUCCCUGCCCGGCCUGCAGCGGCUGACCCUGCGCAACAACAGCAUCGGCGCCGAGGGGCGCGCGGGCCCUGGCGGGGGCGCUGCCCUCCCUGCCCGGCCUGCAGGAGCUGGGCCUGCACGACAACAGCAUCGGCGCCGAGGGCGCGCGGGCCCUGGAGGGGGCGCUGCCCUCCCUGCCCGGCCUGCAGCGGCUGCACCUGCACGACAACAGCAUCGGCAGGGACGGAAAGGCGGCGCUGCGGGCGGCCUGGGGCAGCCGGGGCGGCUUGUUUGUCUGAGCCAGGGGCGCCUGCCCAAGGGGGCACCAGGGAGUGGCGGGAGGGAUGGAGGGAGGGGAGGAGAGCCGGAGGGCGCCCACCCGAGCUCAGCCUCAGCCCGCUCCAUGCAAUAGCACGCGAGAGUUGCGAGCGGGCAACAUCUUAUUGCACGUGCGAAAAAAAACUCAAUUAUGCAUUUUCACCCACGCGCAAGUUUAAAAUCCAGUGCGCAAACUAUUUGAUCCAGGCGCCAACUGCUGCAAUUACUAUUACACCUCUCCCCGCGUCUUUCCCUUAUCUCCCCCUCGUCUCAUCUUCUUCUCUUCGUGCUCCUCCAUGAAGGGCUGCGCCCACUUAGAGCGCCAAAGAGCUAAGCAGCAGUGCGUUGCUUAGACAGGCCCAGGGGUAGGAUUCGAUGCGAUACGGAGCUCGUCCGCGCAACAUUUGUUUCACUUGCACUGGGCGCGGGUUCUCCAGGAUUGGCAAGUUCUUGCCAGCCAUACUCAGCAAGGGUCCGCCGGUUCGGCGGCGGGCCGGUUCGGUUGCGCCGGUUCAGUUUGGUUUCGGCACCAGUCCGGUUUGUUAGCCGGUUCGGUUUUCCUCGGGACGGUACGGUUUCGGGCGGCCCCGUUCGGGCGUUCGAAAAGUUGGCGCGCCAACGAGUAUUGUUGCGUGUUGCGGCCGCGGAUUGAACCGCGCACAAAACACGAGCAGGACGGAUUGCAUGCCAAAUUUAUAGCCGCG